UUGUGACUAUCGACUACCCGAACCUCGCGAGAAUCGCGUUAUACUUGGUAGUGUGUGGAAAUCUCGCGAGAGUUGACUUGCACUUGGAAAGGCAUCACCGAAAGAUGGCGGCUCCGCCUGAUGAGGGGAGUUUGGAGUCUCGCAUCAACAAAGCAACCAACCCGCUAAACAGAGAGACAGACUGGGACAGCAUUAAAGCUUUUUGUGAGCAGCUCAGCAAUGAACCUGAAGGUCCACAACUGGCCACCAGGCUUUUGGCCCAUAAGAUUCAGUCACCACAGGAAUGGGAAGCCAUGCAGGCCCUCACGGUUUUGGAGACAUGUAUGAAGAACUGCGGGAAGAGAUUCCAUAAUGAAGUGGGAAAGUUUCGCUUUCUCAAUGAGCUCAUCAAGGUGGUUUCUCCAAAGUACCUGGGCUCUCGGGCUCCAGAACCCGUGAAGAAGAAAGUACUAGAAAUGAUGUUCAGUUGGACCGUGGGGUUUCCUGAAGAGACCAAAAUAUCAGACGCUUAUCAGAUGCUAAAGAAACAAGGUAUUGUGAAACAGGACCCCGCUCUUCCAGACGAUAAGCCCCUCCCUCCUCCCCCUCCCAGACCCAAGAACGCCAUCUUUGAGGAUGAAGAAAAGUCGAAGAUGCUGUCACGCUUGCUCAACAGCACUCACCCGGAGGACCUGAGAGCAGCAAACAAACUUAUUAAGGAAAUGGUACAGGAGGAUCAGAAGCGAAUGGAGAAAGUGUCGAAGAGAGUAAAUGCUAUUCAGGAAGUGAAGGAGAGUGUCAAGCUGCUCACACAGCUCUUAGCAGACUACAGCAAAGAGACCAGCUCGCAGGACAACGAGGAACUCAUCAAGGAUUUGUACCAGCGCUGUGAGAAGAUGAGGCCCACUUUGUUCAGACUAGCCAGUGACACAGAAGACAAUGAUGAAGCUCUGGCGGAGAUCCUGCAGGCCAAUGAUAGUUUGACGCAGGUGAUUAACCUCUAUAGGCAGCUUGUAAAGGGAGAGGAGGUGAACGGAGACAGCAGUACUAUGCCCACACUUAAAGGGAAGAGCACAGCCCUGUUGGACCUCACUGGAUUGGAUACAUCACCUUCAGCUCCCACUUUUCCAGAAUUCCCCUCUCAGCCCACACCAUCACACGAGCUGUGCAUCAGCCUGCUGGACGACGAGCUCAUGUCUUUGGGAUUAACAGACAACACUCCUAAUUCGACACUGACCUCCUCUCAGUCUGGCGACCCCGCCACAUGGAACUCGUUCCAGGCUUCAGAUACUGUAGACACACCCGUCCCAAUGGUACCAGCUGCCGUGCUGUUGCCGUCAGUUCCCACCACCCAGGCCCCUGUUAGCGGCCCCGUCCCUGUCGUCAAGGCCCUGGAUGACCUGGAUUUGCUGGGGAAGACCCUGUUACAGCAGUCACUGCCCCCUGAGAGCCUGCAGGUCAAAUGGUACAGUCCAAACAAAAUGGACAAACUUCAGCCGCAGUCCAAGCCCACCCUGCGAGAUCUUCAGAGCAAGUCAAACCCAAACCCAGUCGCAAACCCAAGUUCAAUCCUUGCGUUUUCCUCUGAGCCUGCUAAUCUCCUGAACUCGCAGCCUAACAAUGAGGCUCCCGCACUGAGCGUCGGCUCUGCUUCCACUUCUCAGGACGAGCUCUCUCUGGCCAGCAUCACUGUGCCCCUGGAAUCCAUCAAACCUAGUAGCAUGUUGCCUGUGACGAUCUUCGACAAACACAGCUUGCGUGUCCUGCUGCACUUCGCGCGCGACAGUCCUCCGUCUCGGCCCGACGUCCUGGUAGUCAUCAUUUCCAUGCUGUCGUCUGCUCCCAUGCCAGUCACGAACAUCCGCUUCCAAGCCGCCGUCCCCAAGACGAUGAGGGUGAAACUGCAACCGCCGUCCGGGACAGACCUGCCAGCCUUCAACCCUAUACUCCCACCUGCUGCGAUUACACAAGUUCUGCUGCUGGCCAACCCUCAAAAGGAAAAGGUUCGAUUGCGAUACAAGCUGACAUUCGAUUUGGCUGACGAGUCCCAUGACGAGAGCGGAGACAUUGAACAGUUCCCACCUCCAGAGUCCUGGGGGAACCUUUAGAUGGACACACUGACUUCCUGCUGCUUUAUCCCUCUGCUUCCUGUUGGUCUUGCCCAGCUGGAACGGCUCUCGCAAACCCACGGUUCGUUUCUGAUCCAAAGAAAAUUGAGCCCCUCCUCACUUUUCCCCAAAUAUUUGAUGUCGGUACGAAGUCACAGCAGUGUCUAACUUUCGACAUUUGUAAAAUCAAAAAAAGUUACACAGAGAUAGUAAUUCUAAUAGAAGUGUGUCCGAGUGAGAACUGCAAGCGGAAGAGGUUAGGAGAAGUGACGGAGGGUCUCAUUUUUUUUUUCUUCUACUUCUACAAACCCGAGUCAGAUUAAAGUCAAAAGGAUCUGCCUUGGAAACCCUAAUGCUGUCCUUUUCAUCUUGCUUUCCUUCUGUCUCAUUGUCCUCGAUUCGAACGGUUUUAACCUUCAUCUUAUCUCUCAUCUUCCUCUGCUGGCUCUCUGGAUUUGUCCUGUUUUGUGAACCUGUUGAUGCAAUAUCAGCCUACCUGGAAAAAAAAAAGGCAGGCACGUAUAAGUGCUCGUCCCUCAUAAAUACUCCAUCGUGCUGUCUGUAAUCGCGAGCGUACUUUAUGAUUCACGGAGCGGAUCUGUGUGAGAGUUCGAAUAAUGGAACAGUGAAGUGGAUUUUGUUUCUAUGCUAUGAUGUGUGUCCUGUUGAUCCUCUACGACGGAAGUCUAAUCUCCCCCUCUUUGCCUUCGGCCUGAUGAGCACCGUGUCCUUGUCACAUCUAGAGCUAUGAGAAGAGCUGCACUUGAUUUCUCAUUUAAUUCUUUUAAUCUUUUACCAAAGUUGCACAUUGCGAUAGCCUGCAUCUUUUGAUGAUUGAAAAUAAAUCUGAUUUCUCAAAUUUGGAAGUGGCAGUUUUUGGAAUAGACAAAAAUCCUGAACUGUUUGUAAAUGAAAGUCCCAAAUCUGUAUCAUUUUCUGUGUGUGGAGUUGGGAAUACUAGUGAAUGAUGUAUUUAUGGAAACUUUCCACGCUCUACCUGAUGGCAAAUACACAAAACAAAUUCAAUAUGCAUUAAAUUAAAUAACGCAGCCCUUCCUGGUUAGAGUUUAAUAAGGAUAAAAAGACUAAAUAUAAAAGCACCCUAGAACGUUUUUUUUCCCCUCUCAUAUCUGUCUCAUCCUAAAGGCUGCAGAUUUAAAUUUUAAUCUUUCUUUCUAGACUGCCCUUCUACUUCCACUUCCAUCAAUAGGUUUUGAGCAAAUUGUUUUUCCAUCCUCUUCUCUUCUCAAUACACUACAGAAGCAACUGAUUAAGAUCAGGUUAAGACACUGGCUUAUAAAGGAUAAAAUCUGGUGUAUAUUUGUGUAAGAAAAAACAAAUCCCCUAUUUAUGAAUGAGUGCUCCAACCUGCUGUUUUUGCCCUUUUCAGAUUGAAUUCAUUUAGACAUCGAUGCUGACGUCUUGUUUAAAUUGACCGUAUGUGCCUAAUCUAAUGUUACAUCUGUCUUUUGUCUUUUUGUUUUCUUAAAUGCUGAUCUGUACAUACAUACCUUUUGCAUUUCUGUUUGUCUUGGUUCAGAAGUUUGCCAGUAGCUAUUAAUGUUGUUUUAUGUAGGGCUUUUUUCUUGUUUGUUUGUUUGUUAAUGAAAUGAUUUAAAAUGCCUACAGUGGUCUUGUUUUACAUGGCAAUGAUACAACCAUCUAUUUAUUUUGUCUUCUAAAUUACAUAUUCCAACCUUAAAACAGUGUUUUUCCCCAAAUGCAGCACACACAGAGAUGAGAUCUAAUUGUGCCUCUGAUAAAAUGAACAGGAAUCAUAUUUUGGGGGGAAAAAAGGAAGAAAAAUAUUUCCCUUGACAGACAUGGAUUUGUCUGGUCGUGACGGCGCAGGAGAAACGCUGCACGUUGAAUGUCAUGUUGCAGCCAACUCAUCAAGCUGCAGGUUUCCUCCAGCCUGAAGUCAUACUCACCACCCAGUUUUCUUCCUGAGUCUGACUGUAAAUAAUAUACGUAUUGCAAUUAUGUACAUUUGCCAAAAAUGAAGAGAAAAAAUACAGAGAACGAAUAAGUAUGGAAGAGGACGGAAAAUGUAGUGCAAAUAUGUAUUUAAGGAAAAUAAAGUUAUUCUUUUUCUUG